GCCGCGCAGCCCACCCUCGCCGCUGCACCACCCGACGACCGCGCCCUCCAUGUCUGCCCUCCCGCGCCAGCUCGCGUCGGCCACGCCCUCGUCCUCAAAGCUCCCGCCCCCUAGCCUGCCCUGGACGCCCGAUGCAGCCCCGAUCGACCUCUAUCUCGCGUCCCAGGCACACGACGCCGCCAAGGGCCGCCAGACCAAGUUCGUCGAGUCCCUCCAGCAGCGCAGACAGCGCGUCGAGUUCCUCCGCCGCCGCGAGUGGACGCGCCGCAUCGCAGAGUGGAUCGACUCUGCUGCGGGCCCAGAGGCAAAGGCACUAGCGCCGAUCACAUACUCGUGGGUCGACAUCCUCGCCGCCGCAGACGCCGACGAUGACUACGAGGACCCGCUCGCGCCCGCGCCGUACCCCUCCUUCCCCUGCGCCCCCGCGUACACCCCCGCCGCCCCCGACGCCGAGCCCUACAUCAUCUACACCGCCUCCCCGCGCUCGAGCACCUCCCCCGCGCGCCCGCCCGCGCUCAACACCGCGCCUCCGCCCGUGCUGCGGCGCACCCACGCGGAGCCUCGCUCCCGCCACUCUUCGCUCUCGUCCAUAUCCGAGGAGGAGGAGCCCGCCCCGGCGCCCUGCUUCUAGGGCAGGCAUCUCAUCGCCUCUCUCGCACUCGGCCCCGCCACGCGCGCCCCGCGCCACCCACGCGAUCCAUCGCGGCCCCCGGCGAUGACGAUCCCCUCCCGAUCCGGAGCGCAUGAACGCCUCCAUGUCUGUGCUUCCCUGCAUCGUCGCGCCGGUUGUAAAAAUAGCACGCAGAGCUCUUCGCUGUAGCCCCUGCCUUCGUCGCACCGCCCUAUAUAUCCAGAACUGGCCAACGCUAUCGUACCGUCUGAUCUUGUAUUUCUAUACCCUAGCUUACGUAGAAUCGCAUUAGUAGUUGAGUGGAUGCGGAACGGACGUUUUGUCUGCUUGCUCGGGAACUGCUGGCUGGUGGCUGGCUGUAGGAGCUGUACAUGCUUAUAUCCUUAUCGCUAGUCUACGCAUGUAUUUGCUGGAGAAAUGAUCUUCUCAUCCUCUCCUGGA